CAUGCUCUAAUAAAAAAGGCAAACAUUCGAAAGUUGCUUCAGUCAAGGUUUUCGCUCCUGACUCCUCUUACGAUUCGUAUUAUUCCGAUUUUAUUUCUGAUGAUUCACAACCUUUCGCAACUAUCCAAGAUAUUCUAUCUACUCCCUUUACAUUUUCAAUCUUUCUGUCUACAUCUUCUAUAUCUUUAAAUGUUCUGUUUACAUCCUUCACAUCUUCAAAUAUUUUGCCUCCACUACCUCCUUCUGACAAUACUAGUUAUCAUGAAGCAAAAUAA